AUGAAGCUGCUGGUGCCUCUCCUGCUGGUCGCUCUGGCCCUUGGCUGCUAUGAGGCUGAUGCAGCAGCGUGUCCAGCCUUUGUUGCUGACAGCACAGCCUGUUUACUGGCCACAAAAUCUGCUUUUCGGCUAGCUUUAGCAAAAUACAAUGCACCUCCUGAAGCUGUUGAGGCAAAAAUGCAAUUGAAGGAAUGCACGGAUAAGAUCGCCUUAGAAAAAAGACAGCUCAUGGCAGCAGUGCUGGUAAUUUCAUUCUCCUUUAUGCAUAGAGAUCCUGUUUGGUCACAACACAAGGCAUGA